AUGCCGGAAAACGACAAAGAACUAGUGAAAAGCAAUGGCACCGAGGCGACGGAACCCACGGAAAUCGACCCUUGCAUGGAGGACUCGAAAACCGGCGGGAAAGCCGGCUUUCUGCACAGGUACCGCGACCGGAUAAGCGACAGGACCGGCCUGUCGCGAAACGGCGUCUAUGUCGUAGGCGGCCUAUCGGUGUUCGCGUUCGUUUGUUUCGUGGUGGUCAUCGCGCUGGCGGCCACGUGGCCGAGGGUGCCGCACCGGUUCCGGUUUCCGAUUCAGGAGGCCUUAGAUAGCACAAUUUCUCCUUGUGAUAACCUGUGGAACUCAACGUGCGGGGGUUGGCUGAAGAAAUACCCUUUACCAAAAGACAAAAGCGUCUGGAAUAUGAAACAACAGUUAGUGCGACAAGAAGCUGAAAACGUUCGUGAUCUUAUUGCCACUUUGAAGUUACCGAUACAUACGAGUACGGUAGAAUGGAAGCUCAAGCACUUGUACGAGGCAUGCAUGGACGUAGACAACGUCAAUGUUGAUGGGGCCAGGCCUAUCUUGGACAUCAUCAAUGAUCUAGCCCUCGUGGCCGUAGUAUGUGCUCGCCCAGAACCACCAGUGGGCUACAACUACCCCUCUCCUGCUCCCCUUCCCUCCUCCCAAUACGGCGCCCCCUCCAACGGCCCCAUCCAAAUCCCCUCCCAUCAAUACGGGUCACCCUCCUCCGGUCUCUCCCUCGGAGGCUUCUCGUCUUCCGGCAGCGGCAUUGAACUGAGCCAAGGAGGUUACUCCGGCCUCAGUCAAGGAGGUUACUCCGGCAUCAGCCAGGGAGGCUACUCUAGCAUCAGCCAAGGAGGCUUGUCGGGCAUCAGCCAAGGAUUCUCAGGAGUAAGCCAAGGCUUCUCAGGAAGCCAGGGUUAUGCCUCCGGCUACUCCCAGGGCCCCUCGGUCAUCCAGUCCGGCCCUGCUUCCGUCCACAAGCACGUCUACGUCCACGUGGCUCCCGAAGAGCCCGAGGAGAUCCGCCCGCAGCGCCCCAUCGUCGUGGGAGCCCCACAGAAGCACUACAAGAUCAUCUUCAUCAAGGCCCCAUCCCCGCCAAGGCAGCAGGCUCCAGUUAUCCCGGUGCAGCCCCAGAACGAAGAGAAGACCUUGGUCUACGUGUUGGUGAAGAAGCCAGAAGAACAGCCAGAGAUCGUGGUGCCACAAGCACAGCCCACCCAGCCUACCAAACCGGAGGUUUACUUCAUCAAGUACAACACCAGGAAGGAUGGUGUGUCUGGCGGUAUUGGUGCUUCUGCAGGUGGUGUUGAUGGAGGCAGUUUGAUCAGCGGAGGAGGUUCCAUUGGAGGAGGUUUGAUCAGCGGAGGAGGUUCCAUUGGAGGAGGUUUGAUCAGCGGUGGAGGUUCCAUUGGAGGAGGUUCGAUUGACGGAGGCUUGAUCAGCGGAGGUUCAAUCAGCGACGCUACUCUUAGCUCUCAUGGCUCCGGAUCAAUUUCUGGUGGUGUCAGCGGUACUUCUGGAGGAGUUUCCUCCAAAUACGGUCCUCCCGGCUACCAACACUAAGUCAAGUCGAACUGGUAUGAGUUUUUUUACGGGUUAGAAUGACUUGAAGUUAGUCGUUGAGUUGUUGGAUGCUAUCCGUGGUCCGUUCGAGAUGUGAUAUAAAUGUUUGUUGUUCACUCAGUUGUAUAAGCAUGUCUGCAGUUUUUUGUAAAUAUGAGCAAUAUGAUUAGGGUUUCAUAUGAUAUUAUUUUUUUUAUGUUAUGUAUAGCUUUAAUAAUACGGUGACAAAUAAAUGACAUAUUUUUUUACUAGAUUGUUUUUUUUUUUGUAAAUCCCAAUUCAGUAUAGAGAAAUGUGUGCCUAAAUAAUAAUUCCUAAUUCCUGAUUCAAUGAAUGUUCAAGAAAUUAAUCCGUCUUGAUUGAUUGUAAAGUUUUG